AGGAGAUUUGAUGUAAGAAAAUUGGCAUAAAUAGGGCCUGUAUCCAUCCCGAUUUCGCCGCCCAUCCAUUCCCUUCCGAAUCAAACAUUUAUUUUUUUUAACAAAAGGGAGUACGGAGCGAAGGCCCCUCGCUCUCUCUCUCUCUCUCUCUCUCUCUCUUUCGGUCUAUAUACUUUGUCCCCUCCCUGCCGGAAUAUUCCCUCAUGGACAUCCGCCGUAGACCUCAGAAACCCGCCGUCGACCACCCCCACCACCACCUUCAGCGGAAGGCUUCGGCCGCCGUCGAUCGGUCUCCGUCACCUACCCCUAAGGCCUCUGAUGCUCUCCCGCUCCCUCUCUACUUGACUAACGGCAUUUUCUUCACCCUCUUCUUCUCCGUUGCCUACUACCUUCUCCACCGCUGGCGCGACAAGAUCCGCAAUUCUACCCCUCUCCAUGUCGUCACUUUCUCCGAACUCGCCGCCAUUGUCUCCCUCAUAGCCUCCUUCAUCUAUCUCCUCGGCUUCUUCGGAAUUGACUUUGUCCAGUCCUUCAUUGCUCGUGCCUCUCACGACGCUUGGGAUGUCGAAGGCGAGAGUGACCCCCGCUUCAUUAUCGACGAGGAUCGCCGACAUGGCCCUUGCCAGGCCUCCCUCGAUUGCGUCGUCCCCACUCCCACUCCCACUCCCACUGCCAUCUCUAAAGUAAUGGAUCUUCACCAGAUUCCUCUUCCCUCCGCAGAGGACGAACAAGUCGUACAAAAGGUUGUUUCCGGUGAAUUCUCAAUCUACUCGCUGGAAUCCAGGCUCGGUGAUUGUUACAAAGCAGCGUCCAUUCGCCGUGAGGCAGUGCAGAGACUGACGGGGAAGUCUCUUUCCGGUCUACCUCUGGAAGGAUUGGAUUACGAAUCAAUUUUGGGGCAGUGCUGUGAAAUGCCAGUAGGAUAUGUGCAGAUCCCUGUUGGCGUUGCUGGGCCGCUGUUGCUCAACGGAUGUGAGUACACUGUGCCUAUGGCGACGACUGAAGGGUGUUUGGUCGCGAGUGCCAACAGAGGUUGCAAAGCCAUAUAUGCUUCUGGGGGAGCGACUUGUGUUCUUAUGAAAGAUGGUAUGACUAGAGCUCCUGUAGUGAGGUUUCCGACGGCAAAGAGGGCAACGGAUUUGAAGUUCUUCUUGGAGGAUCCUCUUAAUUUUGAGACGUUGGCUAUGGCUUUCAACAAAUCGAGCAGAUUUGCUAGACUUCAAACUAUUAAGUGCUCAAUUGCUGGGAAAAAUCUUUACAUAAGACUUAGCUGCAGCACUGGUGAUGCAAUGGGGAUGAAUAUGGUGUCUAAAGGUGUUCAGCAUGUCCUGGAUUUUCUUGAAAUUGAGUUCCCAGACAUGGAUGUUGUUGGUAUCUCUGGAAAUUUCUGCUCUGAUAAAAAACCUGCUGCUGUCAACUGGAUUGAAGGGCGUGGAAAGUCAGUUGUCUGUGAGGCAACCAUUCCUGCGGAAGUGGUGAAGAAAGUGCUAAAAACCACUGUUAGUUCCCUUGUAGAGCUUAACAUGCUUAAGAACCUUACUGGCUCUGCUCUUGCUGGUGCUCUUGGUGGUUUUAAUGCACAUGCUGCCAAUAUUGUUUCUGCGAUUUUCAUAGCUACUGGACAGGAUCCAGCACAAAAUAUAGAAAGUUCUCAGUGCAUUACUAUGAUGGAGGCUGUGAAUGAUGGGAAGGAUCUUCACAUCUCUGUGACCAUGCCUUCCAUUGAGGUUGGCACCAUUGGUGGAGGGACUCAUCUUGCUUCUCAAUCUGCUUGCCUAAACCUGCUGGGUGUGAAAGGUGCAUGCAAUGAAUCACCAGGGUCAAACUCGAGGCUCCUGGCAACCAUUGUUGCUGGUUCAGUCAUGGCCGGGGAACUGUCGUUGAUGGCUGCUAUUGUAUCUGGUCAGCUUGUCAACAGUCAUAUGAAAUACAAUAGAUCAAGCAAGGAUGUGGCUGGGGAAGUGCCCGAUGAGUUGUUAACGCAAAUGGAUGUGACUGAAGAAGUGCCCGAUGAGUUGUUAACACAAAUGGAUGUGACUGAAGAAGUGCCCGAUGAGUUGUUAACGCAAAUGGAUUGUGAAAGGAGUGUUUGAAUCUGUAGGUAGAUACAGGUAAGUGAGCAGACAUUGGCCAUGUGAAGCAAGAAAAAGUUGCACCCAAUUAUUAUUAUUAUUAUUAUUCUGUGUACCUGAUAGAAGAAGCUACCCUACUGACUUGUGGCCAUAUAUUGCGAUCACAAGCAGUGUAGUAUCUGUAUCAUUCUGUCUGCAUAGAGAGUCUCAAUUAUCGUUCUUAUUUUUUGUUGGUUUUAAGUUUUAAAUGUAAUUGGUGGUUGGUACUCUAUAUUCGUUGGGAAGAUGCUUUGCAAGGUUAUUAUUGUUUGUUCUCUCUCUGCUCUUAUGGUUUGCGGUUUGCACAAAAAAUAGCAGCGAAGAAUGAAUGAUAUUGUUGUGUGCUUGUUAUAAAAAACUGUACACAAGGUUGGUUCU